UCAUAUGGCUUAUAAUAACAAUCAUAUAUUUAUAUUUAUAUACAUAGAUUCCAGUGAAUCAUUUCCAGUGACGUUUUCAAUAUUUAUCGAUAAAAAAAAAUGUUAAAAUUAAGCUUAAUUUGUAUUAUAUUGAGUAUAUCAAUAUUUAACUGUGAAGCAGUAAAUAAAUAUUCAGCAGCUGCAAAUAAACAAGUUAAAAAUGUUAAAAAAACAUUACCAGAAUCAAAUGAAAUUCCUGUUCCAUCACAACUUCGUGAUAUCGAAAAACCAUAUAGAAUGUCGAAAUUAAAUAUUGUUUGGGCAAAAGCCAAGCAUAGAUUGACUGAACCAAAAUUACAAUCAUUAUUUAGUGAUUUGAAAAUUCAUGAUAAAGAAGAAUUGGCUUAUAAACACACAAAAGCUGAAGGCAAAGAUGAAGAUGGUUUAGAAGAAGCUAAAUUACGAAAAAGAUUAAUUGGAAUAAUGAGUACUUAUGGACUUUUGGAACAUUUUGCUGAAACUGAUGAUCCUGAAUUAUUAAAACGUCAUAAGCCAUUGAAUGAUGGAAGUAAUUAUGUUGCAAAAGAUGUAUUUGCUGAUAAACGAUUAAAUCAACUUUGGGCUAAAGCUGAAUAUGCUGGAUUUACAAAUCAAGAGUUGGAAGCAUUGAAGGAAGAAUUUACACAUCAUCAAGAAAAAGUUGAUGAAUAUUUGAGUUUAAUUAAGGAUGUUGAUGCUGGUGAUCCUGAUGCAUAUAAAAAUAGCGUUGAUGAAAAACAUGAAAGUUGGAAUGUCAUUGAACACAAAGAAGAAGAUGAACAAUCAAAUGAAAAUACUCCAAAGAAAAAUGAUUAUAUAUCAAAAGCAAAUUUACUCAGAGAAAAACACCAAGAAAUUAAACAUGGAUAUGAUAAUUUAGAUCGUUUAACUGCACAAGGAAAAGAUCAUCAAGAAUUUAUUGAACCAAAAGUACAAGGUUUAUGGAGGAUUGCUAAAAAAGCACAAUUUUCUCAAGAUGAACUUGCAUCACUCAAGGAAGAACUUCAUCAUUAUGAAACACGGCUAUUAAAACUUCGUCAUCUUCAUACUGAAGCAGCUGUUCAAGCAUCAAAAAAAGGAAAAACAUAUGAUGUUGAUAAUACAAGUAAUCAACAUAUCAAAAAACACGCACGAACAGUUGAAAAACUUCAUGCUGACAUUGAAUCAAGAAUCAUGGAACGACACAUGGAGCUUUAAAUUUAAUUUUUUAAAAUAUUUUUCUUUUGUAUAUCUCUACAAAAUACCUUCGACAUUUUAUUUUUAAUACUUAUUAAAUAUUUUCUAUAAAUAAUAGCUUUUAAUAUAUAAAAAAAAAACAAAUAGUAUUUACUUAAUUUUUUUUGAUAAAUAUGUACACAGUCAAAUCAGGGUUACAAGUUAAAUAAAAUUUCUUGA